CAACUACAAAACUUUUUUUUACUAAAAAAUAAAGCAAAAGGACUCGAACUUAAAACAACAACAACAACAAAAUCUAAUUACAAAUAUUAUUGAAUUUGUAAUGAAUUUUAAAUCUUUCAAAGUUAGUAGAUUAUAAUAACAAAUUCACCAUAUAAAAUGCGUAUGGAACAAAGAAAACAUUCAAGUUUAUUAUCUGAAUUGGAAAAUAUUUUAUCAACAAAUGAUAGGAAAAUUAAAGUUGGUAAAGAAAUAUUUAGACAUUGAAUUCAUGAGUCGAUCAAUGUAAGGCCACCACAGAAAACCUGGAAGCACUGGACAAUCGUUUCGUUCUAGUAGGGAUCUCCCCAACAGUGCACAUGCACGAUCCCGAACGAAAGAUUUAAACCUAAGACCUUUGGUCUUACGCACGAACGCUUAACCUCUAGAUCACUGGUCAGGCAUCCAACAGUAUUAAUGUCCAACUUCAAUCAAUCCAUUAUUUUGUGCAACCCUUCAUGCAUUAUCUGAGGUGGAUAACGGUCUCCGCUACACACGGACUGGACUCCAUUGGUCGCAACUUCUCACUAGAACUUAUGAAUUCAACUACGCAAAUUGCAACAAUCUCCACAAAUCCCUAUUCUGAAUCCUAUUUACUUAGACGAAACCAAUGAUAUCUGAGCAUCAGACUUUUAAUAAAAAAUCCUCAUUAUAUGAAAAUGUACAAACCACUUCAAUCAGUCACUUUGCCUCAAGCAUUGAAUUUAGAUUAUCUUACUAAAAUGGCUAUAUGUUAUGUGGAUAAUAUCAUGAAAAUUGUGAGAAAUUUUAAUGAAGAAGAGAAAUUACAAGAAACGGUAAAAUAUUUAGCUGCAAUACACACAAAUCGUGGAUUAACAGUAGCUCAUUUUGUGUCCAUUCUACCUAUAUUCACUGAUACAAUUGUAUCAUAUAUGGAGAUUGAUGAUAAUAAAGAGAGUAUGCAAUUUAUAUUGUCAACUGUAUUUCCAAUGAUUGGGAAACGCCUUUAA